GGAUUAAAGAGCAAAAAAAGUAGCCGCAGCACGCGCACGAGGCGCGAGGCUGCAAGCAUAGGCGUGCACCGCUGCCACAGCACCGCUGCGCAGCCGCACAGCUCAAACGCAGCGCAACGCCGGCCGGCGAGCUUCCAAAUAGAAACCAUGGCCAGGCUGCUCGUGCUGCUCACGGCAGCCACCCGCGCCGCGCACGCGCUCGAAUACUGCUCCGCCCUGAACGACGGCCAGUGCGAGACCUUGCGGGCCCACGACACGGGCGCGCCCGUCUUCCUCGACACGGGCUCGUUGGGAGGCGAGACGACCCUAGACGACUUGUUGGACACGGGAAUCAAGGAGCUCAAGUACAUGAAGGCCCACACGUCGCCGCGGAAAGCGCGCGGCGCCUCGAUGGGCGCGAAGUUCCGGAAUUUCCGGCGAGAAACGUUAGAUAUGCGCUGGGACGACGGGAGCAAGGAAGGAGUGUAUAGUGGCGACCUCGCGGGCCUGGGCCGGACCUCGACGCUGUCCUACGACGGCCACACCUUCUUCUUCAUGCUUCAUGGAGAGGAGGUCGCUCGGUUCCGGAUGAACAGUGACGAGAAUGUGUACAUCAUCGAACCUCUACCUGAUGAUCAUGAGGUCCGCAAUAGCGACCAGUACAAGGCCGCGCUCGAGGAGCGGACGUUCAUGCGCGACUACGCUAAAAGAACAGGAGUGCCUUGGUUGGCGUUCUAUCCACGGCCCAAGCCAAUUUUAAAUAUGUGGCCGGCGGAGUUCCUCGGCCAGACCCACGUCGUCGCGAGCCCCCACGCCUACACCCAUGAAGAGGGCAUCGCAGAAGGAGAUUUAGCUCUAUCCUUACAAGUCGUCAGCCACGCGCCGCAAGGGCCUCGAGUGUUCCUCGUGAGGGAGAUGCUCUCGCAAUUUGAAUGUGAUCAUAUUAUAGAGAUGGGUACCAAAGUUAUCAGAGAGUCGAUGGUCGGCCAAGGUGGGGGCUUCAAGUCCAAGACCCGCACCUCGAGAAAUGGGUGGCUCCGUCGAAGCGCCUCGCCGACGCUGGAGCGGAUCUACAAGCGCUUCGGGGACGUGCUGGGCAUCGACCACGAGUUACUCUCGUCGAACCGUAAUGCGGAGGAGUUGCAGGUGGUACGGUACCAGCAGUCGCAAGAAUACGCGCCGCACCACGACUUCGGCGACGACGGCACGCCGGAGCAGCGGUUCUUGACCUUACUGUUGUAUAUCCAACUCCCGGACAAGGGCGGGGCGACGUCGUUCCCGAAGGCCGCCGAUGGACGGGGUUUACAGGUAGUACCAGCUAGGGGCGACGCCGUGCUCUUCUACAGCAUGCUUCCUGAUGGGAAUGCGGAUGACCUCGCUUUACACGCGGGCAUGCCCAUCCACGAGGGCGAGAAGUGGGUCUGCAAUUUGUGGGUCUGGGACCCCGUGCGGAAGUAGUCGUCCGUCGCUAUCGCCUCCUAAGUCAUUGUGUUAUCGUG